UUGAUGGAUUCUGAUCUUCCCUAGUGCACUCAAAAUAAAUAUAAAUAAAAAAAAAAAAAAAAAGUAGAAGAAAGAGAAGAAAAAGUUGAGAACAUGUUCUCAUGUUUUAUGGCAUUUUCAUAAAAAAAGAGCUCUCAUUGCUCAUACUCUCAAGGACAUAUACACGGACGAGCAUGUUCUCUGUUUCCCGGAUUAUUUCAAGGUUUCAUAUGGCCCAGGCACUCAGAUCGGGAGUUGCUGCUGCUACUCGCUGUAGUUCUCAGUUAGGCUUUGGAUUCCCUUUCUUGUUAGAAGCUUGCUGGAUGAGUACUAGGAGAGAAAUCAUUGUUACGACCUCUCUCUCGGAAGAAAUAGCUCAACACACUUUAGAUGAAAUUGAAAAACGUGUUGAAGUUGGAAUAAGCCCCAAAACUAAAGAGGAGGCCAAACAAGUAAUAUCGUCUCUUACAACCUGCUUGGAGGAGAACAAAGUUUUGUUAAAAGAUGCAGCUGUAGCAUUGGCUGAGCUUAGAGCCUCAAUGUCUCAGCCCGAUGAAUAUGUUACUAUGGAGAAGAUAAGAAACGCAACAAAGGUUCUCCAGAGGUUAUAAAUCCAAAACUUUGUUUGAUUGUUCUAUUAUGUUUUCCUUGCUAAGGUUUCGUUUUCCCAGUCUCAACUAUAAUAAUAAUACUGAAAUUUUCCAUUCUCCUUGUCAUUAAACGGUUCUUCAUUUUUACGAACUUCUCAAAUAAUGUAACUGACAUUUAUCUCAGGUUUACACAUGUUUACACAAA